AUGCGUCGCGUGCUGCUUUUCCGCAACCGCGUGGAUUUUGUGGCGACGCUCCUCCAGCAAGGACGGCUUGCGGAUAUGUUGAUGCUACAACACUUUACGUCGCGGACGCCUCAGAAGCCUCCGGCAGGCAAUGCGGCUGAAAGAAACAGCGGCGGGACUAAAGUGUCAGUGGGUGAGACAUCGCGUCGGGCGUUGUUAACGAGGUGCGAGGCUGUGAAGGCAAAGGCAAUGUCAACACCCUGCACGGACUGGCUGGCCGACGCCUACGGAUCGGGGGAGUGGUGCGCCCUGUCUGAGUCACGUGACAUGGUGCGGGUUGUGGCGAGUGACAACGACCCCACGCGUGUCAAGUUGCGUGGGACGUUUCCAGUACUUGUGCAGGAGGGCAGCUCCCCGGCAUCCGUCCGUCUUGCCGCGUCGAAAGAAAGCGGGGAGGCUUUAAUAGUGACGGUACCGCUGGUGCAGUCCGGUGAGAAGGUACGCAGCAGCGCCAUUGGCGGUGGAAUCCGUGCCGUGACGCUGAAGGAGGCGGACGGGUCUGUUGUCUCGGAUGCCGCCACUUCCGUGGAUGCAUUUGCCGCUGAGCAAAACAUUUUAUCUGCCGCGGUGUGCAGCGGCAUACUCGGCAAGCUGGAGGAAAUUUGCGCCCUGCACGCCACACACACGGUGCGUUACGAUGCCCUGUUAGUCCGCAACCCGGCGGUGCAAAAGCGACUCUCGCAGCUGGCGUGCGCCCGGUUCAGUCUGGACGCAUUGAGUUCUUUUGUCGCUUCAGCCGCCGUGGAUGAGCCAAUGCCGCUGGUGGAGUCCGUCGCGCUCCGCAUGCACGCGAAGCACGCGCUUGCUAUAGGGAUGGGGAGCGCACGCGAUAUCAUUCACGGCACGGCGAUGCUGAAGGCCAGCCCGCACCGCUCGAAGCCAGAGCGCCUCAUAGACUACCCGUACGCGCAGCAACUGUUUGCCUCGGAGCGCUACGUCCUGUCGAGCCUUGGGGCCUCUUCCGCGGCGGAGACGAUGCGACAUUUCACACCGCUUCUGAUGCAGCCGCAAACGCAUAUGCCCGCGGGCGUGCAAGGCCCAUUAGCAUCGCUGCUCCUCGGGGGGAAAGGUGGGAAUGUCAAUCUGGCCGCCCCGCACGCGAACCUGCGCGUGAGCGCCGCUUUUCUGGAGAAAGACAUUGCCGCAAUGCUUCAACGCAUUCAGCAGCAGAAAAAACGCGCCGACCCGCUGUUUGUGAUGGCCAUAGCGCAGUACGUAGCGGAGUUGUUUGCGAACACCGCUGUUGUGUACCGCACGACAGCUUCACUCACGCACGAGGAUGACAGCGCACCGCGCGACUGGCUGCUCACGCAGGCCUUUUGUGCCGAUUCAAGCGCACGUCGCGCGACGAUUCUUUGUGAAUGGGACUUGUCAAGCGCGGCGCGAAAGGCCAUUGGCAAAGCUGCUGACCUCAACGGCUGCACGACGCACCCUGUAGAGCUUAUGAACGCAGAGCCCGCUCGGAAGCCAAAGGUGCCGUCCAAAAGUGCUGCGGCGAGCGUGACGCAAGAGGCGAACUAA